GCAUCCCUAACCCACCAAUGAGAGUGAGGAGUUCCAGGUAACCCACCAAUUAGGGCGUAGGGGUUCUCUUAGCCUCAGCCAAUGACAGGAAGAGGAGCCCCUGAGUCAGUCAAUCAGAUCACAGGGCUCCAGGGGCGUGGGAGGGGGCGGGGCUUCUAAUUCGAGGCUUCGGCAGAAAGUCGCCAUUAAUCGGAGUGCAUCGUGGGCCAAUCAAAAUGCAGGCUGACCGCCGUCCCACCAAUACUCAGGAGCACAGGACCGGGAAAAAAGCGGGAGGCGGACAAAUAGGCUGUACCCCCCGGAAUGGCAAGAGGGUGGAACUGAAACAUGCCACCAUCAGAUGACGGGGAUCGACGGAAGCACCCCAGAGCCCCCAUGCAACAGCCAUGAGGGUGUGACCCCGCCCCCCCCCCAGCCAGGAGUGUGACACUAAAGGUCAUGGUCCAGGUGCCCAUCUCCAUGGCCUCGUGGCUGCUGCUGCUGCUGCUGGUGGGGGGCAGCUGUGUUGAAGCCCCAUACCUGAGCGUGGGUGAUGGCAGCGCCCUGGAGUUCGAGUUCCCUGAGCGCAGCCGUGGCAUCAUGGUGGUGUCCAGCCGCUAUGGGGGCAACAGCACUGGCACCGGGCAGCCGCGGCUGCGUGUGGCCUCACUGGCCCCAGAUGUGCUGGCGGUGGAGAACAUCAGCGCCCUUUGCUGCGGUGCCAGCGGCUUCCUGGUGGCCAUCCGCUCGGGGCCAGCUGGCCUGGCCCCACUUCAGCUGCGGCUGCUGGACCGCCAGCACCUGGUGGAGGAGCGCUGUGACUACCGGGUGCGAGUGGCAGCUGCUGUGGUCCCAGUCCCAGCGCUGGGCCACUUCUCAGAGAAUCCAGUGCUGUACGUGCUGCUGCCCCUCAUCUUCCUCAAUAAGUGUGCCUUCGGCUGCAAGGUAGAGGCUGAGGCACUGCGGGGCCUGGCCCGCCGCCCCCAGCCCGUGCUGCUGGGCAUCGUGGGCCAGUUUGUGGCCAUGCCUCUGUAUGGCUAUCUGCUGUCGUGGGCCCUGGCACUGCCCCAGGGCCUGGCGCUGGGACUGGUCAUCACCUGCUCCUCACCAGGUGGAGGCGGUGGCUACCUCUACAGCCUGCUGCUGGGCGGGGAUGUCACGCUGGCCAUCUCCAUGACGCUGUUGUCCACUGUGGCGGCUGCAGGGCUUAUGCCGCUGUCAUGGGCGCUGUACGGGCGGCUGCUGAGUGCCCCACCAGGCCUGCAUGUGCCUGUGGGCAAGAUCCUGGGCACACUGCUCUUCAUCGCUGCACCCAUCUCUACUGGCAUUGUGAUAAAGUGCAAGCUGCCACGUGUCGCCAGGUUGCUGCUGCUGCUUCUCAAGCCCUUCAGCUUUCUGCUCCUGCUUGGGGGCCUGGCCAUGGCCUACCACAUGGGUGCUGUCAUCCUGGCUGAGGCACAGGCGCCCGUGGUGCUGGCCGGCCUCACCGUGCCAGCUGUGGGGCUUCUGUUGGGCUACGGGUUGGCAGCUGGGCUGGGGCUGCCAGGCCCCCACCGCCGAACUGUAGCCAUCGAGGUAGGGGUGCAGAAUAGCCUGCUGGCCCUGGCUGUGUUGCAGCUCUCUUUCCGGCGCCAUCAGGCAGACAUGGCUUCCCAGGCACCCUUUGUCGUGGCCCUCAGUGGCACCUCUGAGAUGCUGAUACUCGUCCUGGGGAAUCUCCUCUACCAGCGCCUCUGGCCCCCACCCGGCCCCUGAGACCUGCCCAACGGUAGCUAGUUCCCAGCAGCAGUGCCCCCACUACUCUCCCAAUCCUGAGGCCCUGGAGCCAAGAACCAAAGGAGAAAAUGGAGGAACCCUCUAUUUUUCUACUGCUGUGUUUUCUAGUCCAUCAGCCAUGACCCUGCUCCAGGCACAGAGCAGGGGGACUGGGGUAGUUCUAGAAUGGGAAUAAGCCAGGCAUGGGGCCCCCUCCACCCUGAUUCUGGGGGAGUGGCUGGAAAAGAGAAUGUGAGCAACAUGCUGUGGCUGGAGGCUUUAGGGAGGGGCUGGAGUAGACAGAAGGCUUUGGGACCUUAUUAGUUAAUGAAGGGGAAACAGGGCAGCUGAAGUGUCACUCCUGAUCUGCAGCCCCCUGCCUGUGUCCCUCACUCCCCACCUGUAGCCCCCUGCCUCAUCCCAGCUCUGCCUCUCACUCCCCUGUAGCAGGUGCCCCACCCUUCUGGCACACAGGAGUGUUGCCCCUGCCCAGGGCAGGGUGCUUGGCCCUCAUCCUGGAUGAGUGGUAGGAGGAGGGCUGGCAGGUGCAAGGACAGGUAAGCCCCCCUAUCCCCCUCCGGGCAGGCCUGAGUCUAGCUGGCCCCCGCUCCCUCUUGCAGAUGGAAAAUGUGAAAACUUGGCCUCUUUCCCCUACCCCCAUUGCCACUGGGCUUGGGGAGAGAUGAGAGGAGCUGUGGAGUGGGGUCACAGCCAUGUUCUGGGAUGGGUGGGCUUGGGGGUGCUGCAGGUUGGGAGGGAGGGGAAACAGCAGAGGCCUGUGAGUCAGGAAUGAGAGUCACUGGCAGGACUUGGAGCUGGGGGGUAAGAGGGCAUCAGGUCUGGGUUGGCUGUAACCAGCUAGUUUGGCUGAUAUUGAUGAAAAUCUAUUUUUCCAUCCUCGUGUCCGUGUUCUUUCCAUCUCCAUGCUCUGGCGGACACAGCCCUCCCCUUCCCUCUCUGGGUAUGGAACAGUUGGCUGGGGGGGCAGGUGCCCUCCAUGCACACCAGAUCCCCUAUCCAGGCCCCACUUCUGCUGCAGGGACCCCAGGGCAAACCCACUGCCCCCAGCCUGGGCCAGGGUUCCAGGGGCUCCCAGAAGAGACAGGUGCCCUGGUUGUCUCAGGUUUUCUGCUGCUUGCCAGCUGGCUCCAACCAUGGACACCCAAUCACUGGUAGGCCUGAAUAUUUCAAGCUGUGCUGUGGCUCAGGUGACACCUUGCAGGGGGCUGUAUCCCAGCCCAGGGGUUUUGGGCUGGGGUAGAGGGCAGCCUAGUGAAACAAGAAGCAGACAGAGGCAACAGCAAGAACAGACUUAGAGCAGCCCCAGCACCAUUCUGAACCUCCUCCAGUUGCCUCAAAGCCUGCUGAAUCACUAGGCAAGAAACUCGUAGCUGGUCCCUCCCUGCCCAUCUUCACUGCCCCAAAUUUCAAGAGCUUCUGACUGUCCCAGCAAAGGUAGGCCCCAAGACACUGCUGACAGUAAACAUGUCCUCUCUCUACCAGUUUUCAUCUAGUCAGAGAUGCCCAAGGCAUAUUCCCCACCUGAGGGGCAGAGUUAAGGGGACUUCAGCACAGAAGCAGGAGGUAGGUACAGCAAGCCUCCCACAGUUUACAUGGCUCAGCCAUGAAGUGACACCACCACCCACCACCAGGUUUAUGUCUCAGUCCCACGCGAUGAAAAUACAUAUGGUGAACCCAUGUGGCUGCUUCUGGGCCAUUGCCUCCUCUCUCAGGGGCCUUUUCUACCCAGCAGUCAGGGACUGUAUCCUGACAUCUAUCAGCUGGAGGAUGCCACCAUCCUGACAGGCACCACCGAAGCUGAGGGACGCAGAGGCAGCCAGGUGCAUCCCAACAAGGAGCUGGGUUGUACACAACACAGCCCCUCUGAUGCAUCUAUCUGGCUAAUUCCUGGCAGUCAGUGUCAGGUCCUCUGAGGUCUCAACAGCAAACAGGUCCCCACUAGGUGUUACAUUUACUGCACAAAUCCCUGCUUCAUCAUUUAGACCGGCUCCAUGUGAAAAUUCCUCAUCACACCAUAAAUAUCAUGCCUUCCAGCUAUAAACUGAGCCAAGCAGCUACAAAGUUAGUGUCUGAAAACGUGUCACAUGGUCGCUGGUUUCUCUCAAGCUUUAAUUCAAACGUGCAACCAGAGAUUCAAUGCAUGAAAGACCCCAGGCUGAAGCCAGAGGAAGUGGUAACCCUGGAAUUCAUACCAAAAGGACCAGGGCAUGGAAUUCCUUCCUGACCCCAAUGCAGCAUGAGGCUGACCCCAAGCAGAGGGGUGAGAUGGAACCCCCUGCUGCAAGUCGCAAUAUUGCCCAGCAUUACCGAGUGAGGCAAACCCCCCAUGAACCUGCAGUUCAUCACGACGUUGUGUGUUUAUUCUGGAACCUACUGCUGACACUUAAGAGAAGGAAGGAUAUCUUUCCGUCCUGACAAAGCCCAGAAGCCUAGGGGCAGCAAAGAACAACAACCCCACCCCCAAUUCCCUGUGCUGGUGCGUUAAUUGCUCCCCAUUUGUUGCUCACGCCUAAUGCUCAGUUGCAAAGGCAAGGCGUGGAGUGAGUACGGCUAAACUUCCCACUCAAAGGAGCACUCUAGCCCCCAAGAGACAUCUCUAUGAUGCAAAGUACGCCCGCUGCACUUCCGUCUCCAUAGCACUGAAAGAGCCGCUCUUGCUCUAACUGCGUCUUCGUCUCUGUCUAGGCCGCCCUACUUCCGGCCUGCUUCUCUAUAGUUCCUCCGCGGCCACUCUGGCCGUAUAACUCUAUGGUGCAGUUAAAGGGCUCGCGAUGCUGCUCACGGUGAAGGCGCUGCAGGGUCGAAAGUGCAGUCUCCAGAUGAGCACCGGCUCUCAGACUACGCCAUUGGCCCUGAGUCCAAGCUGAACCUGGUAAUCAAGCCACCAGAGAAGGCAUCACCUGAGGAGACUGGGUGUAAAGGCUCCCCCCCUGCCACAGCCUUCCCCACCCUCUGG